AGAGAGUACAACAUUUCCAUCCACCGAUCCACGUGCAUGAAUCGCUCCACUCGCUCCCUAUCCUCCCUAUCCCCAGUGAACUCGCCCGAGUCACGCCUCUUUGUUCUUCCCCACCACCGCCGUCGCAGAUCCCUUCCCGGCAUCGCGUUCCCCCCGAUCCGAACAACAACACCCCAGCGCCUCCAAUUCCGCCGCCGGAUCUCACUCACCGCAGCCUCCGCCCGCCGCGGACCAGGCCCGACGGCUAUGGACGGCGCCGUCUCCGCGACCCCGCCGUAUUCCGACUUUGUCCGCAUCGACGGGCCGGGAUCUCCGGUGCGGGAAGAUCCCGGCGCGGACGACAUUGAGGGCCUGGUUCGGAGCGUUUCGACUGUGGAUGAUGAAGAGGGAGGCGACGAGAGAGGCGGAGGUGAUGCUGCGGUGGCGGCGGAGGAUUUUGGGGAUGGAGAUGGGGAGGAUCGGAGGGAGGCGGUGCCGGAGGAGGUUUGGCGGAGCGUGGUGAGGCUUUCGUGCGAGUCGACGGCGGAAGGGGGAGUUUGCGAGGUUUAUUUGGUUGGAACGUCUCAUGUUUCUCAGGAAUCAUGCCAGGAAGUUGAAGCUGUAAUCAGGUUUUUAAAACCACAGGUUGUUUUCUUGGAACUAUGCUCAAGUCGUAUGGCUGUACUUACUCCUCAGAACUUGAAGGUACCAACCAUGGCAGAAAUGGUGGAUAUGUGGAAGAAAAAUCACAAUAUGUUUGGAAUCCUCUACAGCUGGUUUCUGGCCAAGGUUUCCAGCAAGCUUGAGGUUUUCCCUGGUUCUGAGUUUCGGGUGGCAUUUGAAGAAGCACUCAAGUAUGGUGGCAAGGUGAUACUUGGUGACCGCCCGGUACAAAUAACUUUACGAAGGACAUGGGCAAUGAUGCCACUUUGGCAUAAGACAAAAUUAUUUUAUUCCUUGGUUUUCCAAGCAUUCUUUUUACCAAGCCCUGAAGAUCUCAAUCAAAUGCUGAAGGAAUUGGGUGAUGUUGAUAUGUUAACUCUUGUCAUUCAAGAAAUGAGCAAGCAAUUCCCCACUCUAAUGGAAACCAUUGUAUAUGAGCGCGAUCAGUACAUGUCAGCCACUUUAUUAAGAACUGCUAGUGAGCACAGUUCAGUUGUUGCAGUAGUUGGAAAGGGGCACCUGCAGGGAAUCAAGAAGAACUGGAAGCAACCUGUUGAGAUGAAGGAUCUUCUGCAUGUAGAUAUGCAUUCACGAAAGCCAGCUAUUUCAGUAGGGAAGAUCCUCACAACUGUAGGAGUUGCAGUUGCUGGUGUGGCCAUAGUUUCUGGCAUUUAUCUCUCAACCAAGAAAUAAUCAUUUGCGACGAGGAAGGUAGUACAUUUUCCAAAAAAAAAAAAGGGCGAGGAAGGUGGUAACUUUAUUUUUUUUAUUUCUUUGAAUGAAUAAUGAGCUGAUAUAAAACUAUGAUUUUUGCCAUAAGAUUGCCUUUCAAUU